AUGAUGAGUGCCCCGAAUGCUCAACAAGCGCAGGCACGACUUCGAGAUAUGGAAAGCCGAUCGAGAUUAAGUCGGUUUACUGAUUGAAAUUGAACUUUUUUUUUAAUUCUUGGUGAGAAGCUUGAAAAAUCACGGGAAAAAUAAGCUAUCCAGGUCGAAUCUUGAAAAGAAAGUAUUAAAAAAAGACGAUUCCAGGAUUUUUUUCAUAGAUUGAAGUUUUUUUAAUUGAUGCUUGCUUGAUUAAAAUUGGACUUUUUUUCUUAUUUGAAUCCACCGAUGUUCAAUAAAAAUUUUUUUAAAAAAAUAUAAAAAAAUAAACUUACGUGAGAUCUCGUGAAGAUUUUGUUUCAUUCUAAUUUUUUUGAAGAAAUUUGAACGGAUCAGGGAUAUUUGAAGCUUUUUAACAUCCUACUGGGUUUAUUCAAAAAAAUAUAAUUAAUAGUUUUUCAGUUGCUGAAAGGGUCACGGAAAGUGUGAGGAUAUUGGACAACGAACCGUCGUUGGCUCUGUAUCGACUUCAAGGUAGGAAAAAUGGAAUACUUUUGCAGGAAAAGUCCCUAGAGGGUAACCUUGGGGAGCUUCUGCGGUUGCCCUUAAGGGACCAUUCUGGCGUUCCUAAGAAAAAUCAAUUAUUUUUCAAAGUUCAGAACACGUUGGCCGAAGCUUGCCGGGGGUCGUCAAACGGCGAAUUUUGCUCAAUCAACAAUCGGCCGCUCUUUCCGGAGCUCAAUUCGAUUUGGAAAAUGCUUUAAGGUUUUGAAAGAAAGAUUUUUAACCGAAAGUGGCAUAUAAUUUAGUACAAUCGAGGGGAUGAAAAACGCGAGCGGACCUUUUGAAAGUUCGAUCGAAAUGCUCCGAAAUUGCAUGUUCUACAAGCAGCAGCUGGAUUUCGAUUCGUCGAGAAAGGUUUGAAUAAUCAAAUGAAAGAACAGGAGCCCGUUUCAGGAAUAUAUUAGAAAUUAUUUCAGUAUUUUUUUAUCUGCUCUAAAGACUGCUUGAGGUGGACACUUUUCGAAAAGUUUUAGAAUAAAUUCAAAAUUACUCAGGAAUUUCGGAAAGGUCUCUACAGGGUUCUGCUUUUCUAGGAACCCCUAUGGAGGGAAUUUGACGAUCGCUAUGGGCGUCAAAGUCUUAGUAGCCCCUAUAGGGGUUCAGGGUCUGACCCUUAAGCCCAGGACGAAAUAAUCAACUCCUGAGACUUUUUCCAGCUACUUUUUGUAACAAAAAAGAAAGUCCUUACUGCGAGAAAACUUCCGCAGCAUUUCAUAAAAAUUGACAGUUCGGCUCAAAAGUUUCAGCUCUUGUCGGCGAUUUUUCCUCACUCCGUUUUUUCAUUCAAAAAUACGAAUCAAAAAUUAAUGCAAGAGUAUUUUCAAAACCUACUCACUUUCAUAAUUUCUAAAGUUAUAGGAGAAUUGGGAAAGCUAACAUGGCUUCGAAAGAGGUUCAGAAAUCAGAAAAAAAUAUUAAUUUCUCGUUAGAAAUUAUCUUUAUAAUCUUUCAAAUUUGACCAUUUUUUUCAACUUUCACGAUUUUUCAUAAUUAUUUUUCUAACAAAGUAUGAUCCAAAAAAACCAUAUCAAAUAAACUUCUAUCGCAUUUUUCAGGCUUCUGAAAUCGGGGUAAAAGGCCGAAGCAAAUCGAUGCACGAUGUUGGAAGACGUGGCAGCAAAUCUUUGAAUUAA